CCUUACUCUACCUUGACCACUAGAUCAGUGAUAAGACAAGCUCCAUCCUUACAACCCUUAUAGUCUUAUACAACAAUCAUCUUCAACAUGCCUUCCGCAACUGUCCUCGAAAACCGCCUCAACACACUCUACUCCCAAUACGAAUCCCUCCGCCCCGACUCCUCAGACGCAGACCUCGAGAAGUUCGCCUCCCUCUUCUCCAACAACUGCACCGUCUUCCUCAAGAGCAUGCGAGAAGCCAAAGACCCCGACCUCAACCGCCAGGCCAUCGUUUCCACUCUCCGGGAAAUGAUGAAGGACCAGUACCUGGAGAAACGAAAAGUCGUUUCCCAACAAAUCAACGAGCAAGACUCGCGUGUUUUUCUCGAGAUGGAGAACCGGUACAACGUACACAGCAAGGUGCUGGAGGACUUUCCCGAGACGCUCGUUGCCACUUUUGACGACGAGGGGCUUGUGGACACUUUCAAGCUGUACAGCUGCAGGAGUCACUUUGUGAUGAUGAUCCAGGCUGCAACUGGAGAGGGACCCUACUCGGAGGAAAUGAUGAAGAAUCCUCACUUGCAUUAAGCAUCUCCAUAGUCCAAGUAUAAUGUCC